GCGGUUCCUGGAGAAGACGGUGGUGCGCUCUCGGGAUGGAGCAGCCCGGCAUGGAGAGCGAUGCCGAAGCGAUGGCCGGACUCGACCCGGAGCUGGCCGCCACCAUGGGCUUCUCCGGAUUUGGAAAGAAAGCUCGAACGUUUGACUUCAAUGCAAUGUUUGAACAAACUCGAAGAACUGCAGUGGAAAGAAGUAGGAAGAUUCUGGAAGAUCGUGAAAAAGAGGCAGCUGAGAAAGAAAAAGAACUUGGAAGGCAGCAUGAAGCUGAUUCAUCAGCUACACACUCAAGUCCAGUAGUGAGAACAUCUUCCAGAGAUUCAGCUAGCAGCGAAAGCGAGGACAGUUCGGAUGAAGAGUUGAUUGGUCCGCCCCUGCCUCCCCAAGGCUCAGCGGAAGACUCCGAUGACGAACUCAUUGGCCCACCCCUUCCUCCUGGGUACAAGGGCAGUGAUGAUGAUGAUGAUGAGAGCAUCCAGGAAGAAGAGGAGGAUCCUAUGAAGAAGAUUCCUGACUCGCAUGAAAUUACACUGCACCAUGGAACAAAAACAGUCUCUGCUUUAGGAUUGGAUCCUUCAGGUGCCCGUUUGAUAACUGGAGGUUAUGACUAUGAUGUUAGAUUUUGGGAUUUUGCUGGCAUGGAUGCAUCUCUUCAGGCUUUUCGAUCUCUGCAGCCGUGUGAAUGCCACCAGAUAAAGUCUCUCCAGUAUAGCAGCACAGGGGAUGUGAUUCUUGUCGUUGCGAGCAAUUCUCAAGCUAAGGUCCUUGACCGAGAUGGCUUUCCUGUAAUGGAGUGUGUAAAGGGAGACCAGUACAUUGUAGACAUGGCAAACACCAAGGGGCACACAGCAAUGCUUAACUCAGGCUGUUGGCAUCCCAAAAUAAAGGAGGAGUUUUUGACGUGUUCCAAUGACGGGACUGUGAGAACAUGGGAUGUUACCAAUGACAAAAAACACAAAGGUGUGUUUAAACCACGCUCGGCUCAAGGUAAACGAGUGAUUCCUACAAGCUGCACAUAUAGCAGAGAUGGUAAACUCAUUGCAGCUGGCUGCCAAGAUGGGUCCAUCCAGAUCUGGGAUAGGAAUAUGAAUGUUCAUACCAAGUUCCACUGCCGGCAGGCACAUGCUCCAGGCAGUGACACUUCAUGCUUGACAUUUUCUUAUGAUGGCACCGUUCUUGCCAGCCGUGGAGGUGAUGAUACCUUAAAAACAUGGGAUAUCAGACACUUUAAAACAUCUCUUAAUUCAGUUGUUGGUCUACCUAGCUUCUUCCCCAUGACCGAUUGCUGUUUCAGCCCAGAUGAUAAACUUCUUGUUACUGGUACUUCUGUUAAGAAAGGACAUGGCAGUGGAAAACUUCUGUUUUUUGAACGGGAGACAUUUAAGAAAGUAUAUGAGAUAGACGUCACAGAUGCAAGUGUUGUCCGUUGUCUCUGGCAUCCUAAGCUGAACCAAAUCAUGGUUGGUACAGGGAAUGGAUUAGCUAAAGUAUACUAUGAUCCCUUCAAGAGCCAAAGGGGAGCAAAAUUAUGUGUUGUAAAAACAAAAAGAAAAGAGAGGCAAGCAGAGACACUGACACAAGACUAUAUUAUAACACCUCAUGCUCUUCCAAUGUUUCGUGAACCACGCCAGCGAAGUACAAGAAAGCAGUUGGAAAAGGAUAGAUUGGAUCCCAUGAAAUCUCAUAAACCUGAACCUCCAGUAGCAGGACCAGGCCGCGGUGGUCGUGUUGGAACUCAUGGCGGUACUCUGUCUUCGUACAUAGUCAAGAAUAUUGCGCUGGAUAAGACUGAUGAUAGCAACCCUCGAGAGGCCAUUUUACGGCAUGCAAAGGAAGCGGAGGAGAGCCCAUACUGGGUCGCUCCAGCAUAUUCUAAGACUCAGCCAAAAGCAGUUUUUGCAGAAGUGGAGUCAGACGAAGAUGAAACAGAUGACAAGCCAGAGUGGAAAAAACGUAAAAUUUGAAGAAUUCAAAUUGGAGGAGGCUCAUAAGGGAUUUGGGACAAAGUUGAACUCGUUUUCCUUAUGCAAAAGAAGUCAAAUUUCGGCAAGCAACAUUACUUUCAUGCACAGGGCUAUUCACACCGUUUUGAAAGACUAUAAUUGCCAUACAGUGAAGCAGAAUUAUUUAGUAGUAAGUCUGCAUUUUGUAAAGGGAGCUAAGUUCAUAAAUAAAAGUUUAUUUUUAAACUUUGAUUUCUUUAAAAGCCUA